UUUGUCUCGCAUAAAUGAAUCACCACCGAACCUCCUUUCUCUCCCUCUUCCUUCCUUUGUUUUUUUUCUCUGUGAAAACUUUUCUCUCCUUUUUGUCUAGCCAUGUCCUUGCGAAGGCGAACUUUGCUCAAGGUUAUCGUCCUCGGCGACAGCGGGGUUGGUAAGACAUCAUUGAUGAAUCAAUAUGUGCAUAAGAAGUUCAGUCAGCAGUACAAAGCAACAAUUGGUGCUGACUUUGUUACAAAAGAAUUGCAAAUAGAUGACAGACUAGUUACAUUGCAGAUAUGGGACACAGCAGGCCAGGAAAGAUUUCAAAGUCUUGGUGUGGCGUUUUAUCGGGGAGCAGAUUGUUGCGUUCUGGUUUAUGAUGUUAAUGUAAUGAGAUCUUUUGAUACUCUAGAUAAUUGGCAUGAAGAAUUUCUCAAACAGGCGAAUCCAUCUGAUCCCAAGAGUUUCCCAUUCAUAUUACUCGGGAACAAGAUUGACGUAGAUGGUGGAAAUAGUCGUGUGGUUUCUGAGAAGAGAGCUCGUGAAUGGUGUGCUUCAAAAAACAUCCCUUACUUUGAGACUUCUGCGAAAGAGGACAUCAAUGUGGACUCUGCUUUUUUGUUGGUUGCUAAAACUGCUCUUUCCAGUGAGCAUGACCAGGAUAUAUACUUCCAGGGCAUUCCAGAGGUGGUUUCAGAAACAGAUGCACGUGGUGGUUGUUCUUGUUGAUGCUUGACCUGAUCCAGCAAGCCAAUCAUUAUUUACCUUACUAAUUUUUCUCCCCUUUCUAUUACCAAUGUUGAUUCAUUGCCAUUUUUUGGUACCAUGUACAUUAUGCUGUUACUAUUGGAACCAACCUGUUUGUUCCUCUGUCUUC